GGCGGCGCGGCUCGCGGCGCGCGCCGGCCGGAGGGCGGCGGUCGUCGGCCUCCCGGGUCUCCGGUCGCUCCGGGAGGCGGCUCCGAGCCGGGCUGGAGGGCUGUCGAACACUUGUGUUGAACACAUCGCACAUCGAGGGCCCUUUAAAGAUCUGGAUUGAUUGGAAGGACAGAAAUUACAAGCAAUCGGAUCCAGCCCCACGCCGGAUCCCUGUGGAUUUCCUCGGCAUCCCGUAUCCGGUUUCCAUCCAUGGUCACAGUUGGAGCAUCGGCUCCAUCUGAUCGGCUCCACCUCCAGGGGAGGUAGAAUGCCAAGGUUAAGAGGACGAAAAGUUACAGGCGACUUUUUGAUCUGCCCAUCAGCAGUCUGAGAAACGCUGGCUUUGUAUUUUCUGUAUCAGCUGUUUGGAAAACCACACACACACACACACACACACACACACACACACACGUCGCUGCUGCAAAGCUACGGUCCUGAGUCUCUGGGAUAUCCCAGCCACCACCGCCUGGUAGAUGCGGCCUUUCCAUGCUGAGGCCUCGAGUCCCCCCUGACCCCGCCGCCCCCUCUCCAGGUCCUCUCUGGACCGCACCCCUGCGGACUGGGCAGCCAUGCUGCACCUGCUGGUCUUCCUUCUGCACUGCCUCCUGCUGGCCUCUGGGGACUACAACAUCUGCAAAUCCUGGGUGACCACGGAUGAAGGCCCCACCUGGGAAUUCUACGCCUGCCAGCCCAAAGUGAUGCGGUUGAAGGACUAUGUCAAGGUGAAGGUGGACCCCCCCGGCAUCACCUGCGGGGACCCCCCGGAGAGGUUCUGCUCCCACGAGAACCCCUACCUGUGCAGCAAUGAGUGCGACGCCUCCAACCCAGACCUGGCGCACCCCCCGCGGCUGAUGCUGGACAAGGAGGAGGAGGGCCUGGCCACCUACUGGCAGAGCGUCACCUGGAGCCGCUACCCCAGCCCGCUGGAGGCCAACAUCACCCUGUCGUGGAACAAGAGCGUGGAGCUCACGGACGACGUGGUGAUGACCUUCGAGUACGGCCGGCCCACCGUCAUGGUCCUGGAGAAGUCCCUGGACAACGGGCGCACGUGGCAGCCCUACCAGUUCUACGCGGAGGACUGCAUGGAGGCCUUCGGCAUGGCGGCCCGCCGGGCCCGGGACAUGUCCUCGUCCGGCGCGCACCGCGUGCUGUGCACCGAGGAGUACUCGCGCUGGGCCGGCUCCAAGAAGGAGAAGCACGUGCGCUUCGAGGUGCGGGACCGCUUCGCCAUCUUCGCCGGCCCGGACCUGCGCAACAUGGACAACCUGUACACGCGGCUCGAGAGCGCCAAGGGCCUCAAGGACUUCUUCACCUUCACCGACCUGCGGGUGCGCCUGCUGCGCCCCGCCCUGGGCGGCACCUACGUGCAGCGGGAGAACCUCUACAAGUACUUCUACGCCAUCUCCAACAUCGAGGUCAUCGGCAGGUGCAAGUGCAACCUGCACGCCAACCUGUGCUCGGUGCGCGAGGGCAGCCUGCAGUGCGAGUGCGAGCACAACACCACCGGCCCCGACUGCGGCAAGUGCAAGAAGAACUUCCGCACCCGGGCCUGGCGCGCCGGCUCCUACCUGCCGCUGCCGCACGGCUCUCCCAACGCCUGCGCUGCAGUGGGCUCGGCCUUCGGCAGCGUCGGCAAGGCCCGGAAGAACCCUGAGCCCCAAGCCCCCGUGGCCACUGAGGCCCUGGGCGGGGGUUCCACCUCUCCCCCCCCUCCCACAUCCCUUCCCCAGACUCCCCCAGCCCCCCGCAGCCCCCGGCCCACAGAGUCGACCAAGCCAACCCCGACUGCCCCAUUUGGGGAGAGCCCCCGCAGGCCCCUGGUGUCGUCCCGGGCAGAAGCGGUGGGCACCGUUACUGUUGCCCCUGCCCCUGCCAAGGGCUCCAUACUUUUCCAGCUCAAGCCCAAAUCUCCUGAAGUGAUGCCCAUUGAAGAAUUCCAAGACUGCGAGUGCUACGGCCACUCCAACCGCUGCAGCUACAUUGACUUCCUGAACGUGGUGACCUGCGUGAGCUGCAAGCACAACACGCGCGGCCAGCACUGCCAGCACUGCCGCCUGGGCUACUACCGCAACGGCUCGGCCGAGCUGGACGACGAGAACGUGUGCAUCGAGUGCAACUGCAACCAGAUCGGCUCCGUGCACGACCGGUGCAACGAGACCGGCUUCUGCGAGUGCCGCGAGGGCGCCGUGGGGCCCAAGUGCGACGACUGCCUCCCCACGCACUACUGGCGGCAGGGCUGCUACCCCAACGUGUGCGACGACGACCAGCUGCUGUGCCAGAACGGCGGCACCUGCCUGCAGAACCAGCGCUGCGCCUGCCCGCGCGGCUUCGCCGGCCCGCGCUGCGAGCAGCCCCGCUGCGACCUCGCCGACGGCGGCCCGGACUGCGACCGCGCGCCCGGGGCCGCGCCGAGCCCCGCCACCCUGCUCGGCUGCCUGCUGCUGCUGGGGCUGGCCGCCCGCCCGGGCUGCUGA